CCUCGUCCUCGUCCUCCUCCUCCUCCUCCCUCCAAUGGCGAACACCUGAGGGACCCCGAACCCCAAACCCGAACCCCGAACCCCACCCCCCAAUCAAUGGCCUCCAUCUCUGUUUGCUUCGCUGCCUCCGCCAGCGGGCGCCACCUCGCCUCAUCCAAGCCCCCUCCCCCUAAACCCUCGCUUCUCCUCCGAUCCCCUGCCGACCUCUCCCAUUCAUCUUCAUAUCCCGCUUCGAUUCGCCUCCGGAUCGCUGUCAGACCUCCGAGCCCUAGGGUUCCGGUGGUCCGGGCGAGCGUGGAGGUUCCUACGGGGAUCAGGCCCGGCAGCGUCGUGGAGACGGAUAGGCUGCCGUCCGAUGUGCGGAACCGGGCUAUGGAGGCCGUCGAUUCGUACGGCGGGAGGGUCACGAUUGGGGAUGUGGCAAGUCGAGCGGGGCUUAAGCUGGACGAGGCCGAGAGGGCGCUCCAGGCACUCGCGGCGGAUACUGGCGGAUUCUUGGAGGUGUCAGAUGAAGGAGAUGUUCUUUAUGUUUUUCCAAGGGAUUAUCGCUCAAAACUUUCUGCCAAAUCUCUUCGAAUGAAAAUUGAACCUUUGCUUGAUAAAUUGAAGGAAGCAACUGCAUACUUGAUCAGGGUUUCCUUUGGAACAGCCCUUAUUGCCUCCAUCGUUAUUGUAUAUACGGCAAUUAUUUCGCUCAUUACAAGUCGGAGUGAUGAAGAUAAUCGUGGAAGACGAGGGGGGAGAUCAUAUGACUCUAGUUUCACUGUUUUAUUUCGCCCGUCUGAUUUAUUUUGGUACUGGGAUCCAUACUACUACAGGAGGCGGCAGAUGAGCACAGACGACAGGAUGAACUUUGUUGAAUCUGUUUUUUCGUUUGUAUUCGGUGAUGGGAAUCCAAAUCAAGGGAUUGAAGAAGAGAGGUGGAAACUGAUUGGAGAGUAUAUCACCUCAAAUGGUGGUGUUGUUACUGCAGAAGAGCUUGCUCCAUAUCUUGAUGUAUUGCCAACUGAAGAGACAGCGGAUGACGAAUCAUUUAUCCUUCCUGUGCUAUUACGAUACGAUGGGCACCCAGAAGUGGAUGAUGAGGGAAACAUUCUUUAUCGGUUUCCAUCGUUGCAACGAACUGCUUCUUCCCGAAGGGUUGGUAGAUUGGAAUAUGUUGGUAAAAAGUGGGCGAAGUGGGUUAAUGGGGUCGAUAGAUACUUUAAGGAGAAGAAGUGGCAAUUCAGUAAAACAGGGCCAUCAGAAAAGGCAAUGGUCAUAGGUCUGGGAGCACUUAAUCUUUUUGGAGUAGUUGUUCUGGAUAGCAUGCUAAGGAACACGGCAGUUACACCCAGGGGCUUCAUUUCAUUUGUUGCUGACUUGUUUCCUCUACUUCGGAUCUACGCUGCUGCUUUUUUUGCAAUACCUUUGUUUAGAUGGUUCCUGCUGCGCAAGACUAAUGCGGAUAUUAAGAAGAGGAAUCGAGCAAGACAACAACGAGCACAAGCACUUGAGUUGCCAGACCCAUCUCUAAGAAGAAAGCUGUUGAAUGCUCGAGACAUGGCACGACGAACAGUUAUUAGUUCUGACAAGAUAGUAUAUAGUACGGAGGAAGAUUUCUCCGACCAAGACUAUGAGGGUAGAGAUUGGGAUCAGAGGUUCAGGGAACUUGAGAGAUCAGAUUGAAGUAACCAGAAUGGUUGAUUCUCUGGAUUUGUUGUGCUUGCCAAGAAGUGGAGUUACCCACUCAUUUGUUGCAAUAUUGCUGGUUAAUCUGUUUGUAGCUUAGGAGUGUUACUGCCCCAUGGUUCUACUGAAAAUUAAGGUGCAAGCUGCCAUCUGAUACUGUGGCACUGUGAAAAUCGAGAUCUCUGCAAUUACGAGCCGCAGGAAAAUCUCUGCUAUGAAAUCACAUGUGAAGGAGGACCUUGUUCCAUGCCCUGCCAAAUCCUGCAACUCUUGUUUGUACCUGUAAAUUAUGAACUGCAAAGAUGCACAUUGCUCGAUAUAUAUAAAGGGAAAAUGUAGGGUUUUUUCGCUGAA